ACUCGUUUUCGAGAUACUACGGUGAUACGGAAAAUGAUUUCUGCUACAGAAAAACCACAAGAAGUCAUCAUUUCUCAGAGUGUUCGAGAGAGAAAUUGUGAAGAUAGAAUCAGUGCACUACCUGACGAUCUGUUAGUAAAAAUCUUGUUGUUUGUUCCAACAAAAGAUAUUGUGACCACCAUGAUUUUGUCGAAACGAUGGCGGACUAUCUGGACAGAGGUUCCAAGACUCGAGUACGAAGACAUUGUGAGCAAUACUAAUAGUGAACAGAAGAGCGUUUGGUGGUUUCUUGAGAAGUCGUUGCAACUUCAUAAGGCACCUAUACUAGAAAGCUUGUGUAUCCAACUUAAAGAAAUAUGCCCUACUAACGUUGAUGUAGCAAAAUUGGUUGCACAAGCAGUUGAUCGUUCAUUGCGCAGGUUACUAUUUCAUCUUAGUUGGUUGGCAAAACCUACCAGCAUGCCCAACAGACUUUACACUUGUGAAACGCUCACUGAACUGGAACUCUUUAAUAAGAUUAUCUUGGGUGUCCCUCCUUCAGUUUGCCUCCCAUCCCUUGCAAAGCUAUUCCUCUUUUGUGUGGUGUAUAAAGAUGAUGUUUCUCUGGUCAGGCUUCUAUCAAAUUGUCCUGUUCUCAGAAUUUUGCUCGUGAUACGAUCUGAAGAAGAUGGCAAUGUGAAAAAGUAUACUGUCAAAGUGCCUUCUUUAGAGGAAUUCACCUACCUCUAUAAAAGGCCAUUAUCACUAGCGGAAAAUACUAGGUCCUUGGUCUUAGAUUGUCCGGCAUUAACGAAACUCUCUAUUAACGAUCAUUCAGGAGACUCUUGCUCUAUCGGGAAUAUGCCAAGCAUUGUUAGAGCAGAACUGUCUACUUUUUGCUACCCUGACAAAAAAAUUCUGAGACAUAUUUCCUCGGCCACGUCUCUAUCUUUGACUUUGACCGAGGAAUUGGUUUUGUGUAGACCCGACAACUUCUCUCAGCUUGUAGACCUUACAAUAACACCAUGUGACUCCGGCUGGUUGGAACAACUUAUGCUUAUGUUAAAAAGUAACCAUGAACUUAAAAGUCUUGCGAUCAAAUCUGUAAGCUGGGAAGCUGGGUCGAUGAGAUGGAUGAGCGAUGGGUCGAUCUUAUCGGUAAGGAAGAAGACCGGAUGGAAAGAUGGUGAAGAUGGCCGACUUGCUGUUCCUUUUAAUCCAAUCUAA